CUUUCUCCCAUAAUGUAACAACAAUUACUUCGUUCUGGUCUCAAUUCCUCUCUGAAAUUUCAUGGAUCAACAUUCAAAUCUUCUCUAAUUCAAACACUUUUCUCAAAAUUCACUUUUCCAUGAAAAAAUACAAAUAAAAAUUAUUUGCAACAACUUGUUAUCCAGCUGAUCAACUUUCCUUGCAACAUCUUGUAUCAAUUCUGGUGAAAAACUAUCUCUUCUUUAGUUUCUUUAUUCAGAUUUUGAGUUAAUUCUUACUUUCAUCACUUGUAUUUUAGUACAAGUGAAUAAUAUUAAAUAGGCUUGCAAAGUGUAUUUUUAGUUUCAGCAUAACGUCAUCAUGAAUAAUUAAGUGGCUGGACUCAAGUGCGUCGGUUAAAGAUGAAUUGUUCGGAAAAAUCUGAGUUCGAAUCUUGAUUGAAACAAUAUUUGGUCAGACUUUAUUUAUCUAUGGGCCGAACUCCGAAUUAUCAAGGUCUAUUUCGAUGGAUAGGAUUAAAACAGAAAUAGAAAAUAACAUGGUGGUUUCAAUGCAAGAAUGACUGGGACAACUGCCCUUAACCAAACCCAUUUUUUGUUAUUAACAAACAAUUCACAUCAAAGCUUUGAAUUGAGCAAAAGCUUCAAUGAAAAGGGAUGGUUGUGUUUAUUGAAGAGAUGCAAUAAUAUGGAAGAAUUUAAGCAAGUUCAUGCUUAUUUUUUGAAAUGUGGUAUUUUCUUUGAUUCUUUUUGUGGUAGCAAUCUUGUUGCAACUUGUGCUUUAACAAAAUGGGGUAGCAUGGAUUAUGCUUGCUCAAUUUUUACUCAAAUUGAGGAACCUUGUAGCUUUGAUUACAACACAAUGAUUAGAGGGAAUGUCAAUAACAUGAAACUAGAUGAAGCUUUGUUGCUUUAUGUUGAGAUGCUUGAAAGAGGAAUUGAACCUGACAAAUUCACUUACCCUUUUGUUCUCAAGGCUUGUUCUUUAUUAGGUGCUCUCAAGGAAGGUGUUCAGAUUCAUGGACAUGUUUUAAAGACAGGUCUUGAAGGUGAUUUGUUUGUGGAGAAUAGUUUGAUCAACAUGUAUGGUAAGUGUGGGGCAAUAAAAGAUGCAUGUGAUGUGUUUGAUAAAAUGGGUGAGAGGAGUGUGGCUUCAUGGAGUGCUAUUAUUGGUGCUCAUGUUUGUGUGGAAAUGUGGCAUGAGUGUUUGGUGCUUCUUGGGGACAUGAUGAGUAGUGAAGGAAGGUGUAGGCCUGAAGAAAGCACACUUGUGAGUGUUCUCUCUGCUUGCACUCAUUUAGGGUCUUAUAAUCUUGGAAGGUUUAUACAUGGGAACUUGUUGAGGAACAUUAGUGAACUCAAUGUUGUUGUGAAAACAUCAUUGAUUGAUAUGUAUGUUAAGUGUGGUUGCCUUGAGAAAGGUUUGCAUGUGUUUCGUAAUAUGCCUGAGAAGAAUCGAUAUUCUUACACGGUAAUGAUAUCUGGGCUUGCUGUUCAUGGACAUGGUAAAGAAGCUCUUGAAGUUUUCUCAGAAAUGGUGGAACAAGGUUUGGAACCAGAUGAUGUUGUCUAUGUGGGUGUAUUGAGUGCUUGUAGUCAUGCUGGUCUUGUCGAUGAGGGUCUACAAUGUUUCAAAAGAAUGCAAUUUGAGCAUAAGAUUAAACCAACAAUUCAACACUAUGGUUGCAUGGUGGAUCUCAUGGGAAGAAGUGGAAUGCUAAAGGAAGCCUAUGAACUCAUAAAGAGUAUGCCAAUUAAGCCUAAUGAUGUAGUUUGGAGGAGUCUUUUAAGUGCUUGUAAGGUUCAUCUUAACUUAGAAAUUGGCCAGAUUGCGGCCGAUAAUCUUUUCAUGUUGAAUCCGAACAACCCUGGCGAUUAUUUGGUGUUAGCGAAUAUGUAUGCGAAGGUGCAAAAGUGGGACGAAGUAGCAAAGAUCAGAAGAAAAAUGGCCGAUAAACACUUAGUACAAACACCCGGGUUUAGUUUGGUCGAAGCGAAGAGGAAGGUUUACAAGUUUGUUUCACUAGACAAGUCUAGUCCUCAAUGGAACAUUGUCUAUGACAUGAUUCACCAAAUGGAAUGGCAAUUGAAAUUUGAAGGGUAUGUAGCAGACACAUCACAAGUGUUGCUUGAUGUAGAUGAAGAAGAAAAGAGGGAGAGAUUAAAGUGUCAUAGUCAAAAAUUAGCAAUUGCUUUUGCAUUGAUACAUACAUCUGAAGGAUGUCCUUUAAGAAUAACAAGAAAUCUUAGGAUGUGUAGUGACUGUCAUACUUACACUAAAUACAUUUCUAUGAUUUAUAAUAGGGAAAUUACUAUAAGAGAUCGUCAUCGUUUCCACCAUUUUAAAAAUGGAACUUGCACAUGUAAAGAUUAUUGGUGAAUUUUAUUGUGUUUAUGGUUUUGUGCAUAA